GCGGACAGUUGGCUUGUUAGUUGUGUUCGUGCCGUGGUGUUGUUGAGAACGUUUUCAUGUCCGUGCUGUGCGCCGUCUUGCGUGUUUAUGCGUUUUGUGCGUAAUGUUGUUGUUUAACAUCCACUAUAUAUAUAUAAGUAAAAUUUAAAUAAAAAUUCUCAACACAACAAUACAUAACUUUUGAGUAAAAAGGAGGACCAAGCAUCACAUACCUACAUGAAGCUAAUGUUGAAACGCCUUAGUAACCGUUACCGGCAGCUAAUUCAAAAUGAAUGCGAAUAAUCGAGUGUUUAUUUACUGUGUAUAUAAGAAAAAGUGAUCAACUCUCAUGCUGAACCCGGAUAUUUAUCAUUAAUAUGUGCUCUUAAUUAUUUUGCAAAAAGUUUAUUCAAAGUUGCGCAAUCGGCUGUGUUAUGUGCAUUAUUUAGGCGAUAUGAAGAUAUCGCUGAAAUGCUCUCCAAGGAUCUCAAAUCAAAAAAAUUUAUUAUAUAUGUAUGUAUAUCCUUUUAUGAAUGUGAAUAAAUGUGUUUCCGAAACGGCUUUAAGAAACCUUUGAAACAACGACAAAAUUCGUGAGUGAACGUGAUUCAAUGUUAUUCAAACGAAAUUUGAAAAGAGUGAAAGUUGAAGUCACAUGCUGACUUAAAUAUCGAACAAAGUUCAAUAUACCAAUGUGUGAUAGCCGUGGAUCACCUGUGAUUUUCCUCCAGCAAUCAUGAGUGAUACCGGUGAUCGCGAUCCGCCGGGUAAAACACCACCCGAAAUAGCUAGCAACGGUAAGCCGCAAAGUGGUGAAACGCAAGACUCGUCUCGACAAUAUCAACGGCGACCGCAAGCCGCUAACCCUCCUACUGCGACUGUACUGCCACCGCAACCGCACGAGCUGACCGCUGAGUGGACGGUUCGUGCGCAACUAACAUUUGCUCGAGCCGGCGAAAAAGUGCAGCGCGAAUUUAGCUCAAACGAUCCAGUAAAUCCUGUGCGUGUGGUGUACAAAUGGUCUGCAUUUGACUCACCACUACCGCCGGACGUUGAUGACGACGCCGACGUUGACCUCUUGGACGAUUCUUCGUCUUCAACUUUGCACAAGCGAAACUCAUUUGCCAGUCGUGGAUCACGUCAAUCUACACCGCUAAAGACCACACAACACACCCGUCGUUGGCAGCAACAGGCGCACGAAAGUUUUCGUUCGACCACCUCAUCAACCAAUGCUGACCCAGGUGGAGGCGAUUCGGCGUUCAGCGGCUCGAAUACUUCUAAACAACGUCAACGACCUUACCAGCGGCAAACUCCAACCGCAAGCGCUAGUGGUCCGAAUACAAUGGGCGCUAUUUACGGGACGCGCUGCCGCAGUACGUGCAACAUUGUCGUCUCAGCCGUUGCAGAUUUUCUACCCACAAAUCAUGAAACUAGUGAUGGCGUGACAUCCACCCAAACAACGGCAAAUAAAGACUUCAUGAUGAGCAGUGGGGGCGGAUUAGGAGGUGCGACGACACAUGUCAAAGCAUCAGCGACAGACUUUAUACCGGAAGAAGAAGCCGAUCCGUUUGUAUUCAAUACAACGGCGUCGUACACUGUUUUACCUCAAGCGUCCAUCGAUUCUACCAUAUCCACUGGGUCGAAGAAUUUCACCACAAUCGGUAAAGUACUGGCCCUUCGUGACGCUUUCUCACAGACAAGCGAUACGGAGACAAAAUAUUUUGAAGAGCGUGAACGUGAAUACGAACGUCGCCGGUAUGCUAAUAGCCGUAGUCCGAUCGAUCGUCGAAUAGGACAGCAUCAACAGAAGGAACGAAAGUCAUAUGAACAGCGUCGUGCCACCACAGAAGGUUUACUUCUAUCUCCUAGUGGUCAUUCUGGCGGCGGUGAUUCCUAUGUAGACGAGGCAAACUCAUUUAUGCCUUCGUUUUUAACAUCCCCAUCGCAUACAUUCAAAUCUGCCUCUAUGCCGCGUAUACCAACAAUGCCAGAACAGACACGAUCCCAACAGGAGCAACAACAACAAACACUUGCCUCCAAGCAAAAGUCAAAUUCAAGUGAACCACUGAAGAAACCGCGAACGGUACACAUUGAUGUCUAUUGCACAGGAUCUGAAGAUGAAGAAGAGGAAGAGGAGGGAGCUGAAGGAGAAGAUGAGGGCGAUCAUGCCGAUGCCGAGGCAUCCGCUAGCUCUAAUGAAGACGAUGAGAAUGCAAGUAAACGUUAUGACUUGGAAUCAAAUUCCACACCACAAACCGUUUUUGACAACGAACAGCUGUUGCUCAAGCACAGGCGCAUUACGGGACAAAUCCUGCCACGUCGCUUACAACAACCAUCAACACGCGCCGAUCCCCAAACCACGAAAGUUCCGAAAACGGAAAACACAGGUGACUUGGAUCUUGGACAUGCCAUAACCAAGUCCAGCACUGCUGAAGAGGUAUCCGAAUCCAAGCAAUUACUAUUUCGAAAGCACAUUGGCGAUCAACGUGCCGCCAAAUUGGCAGUGCUACGUCAAAAGUAUAUGCGUCAGCCCAGUGACGAUGCCAUCAGCUCAAACUAUCCCAACUCAUCGCGUUCGACGGUGCGCGACGCCACGUGUAGUAGCAUUGCUUCGAGCGUAGUCACCUCAUCCCAAACUGAAUAUCCAGACUCCCCAUGGAAGGACACUGAGGACCAAGAAGAAAUAUACUCACUUGCGAAGUCGGACAGUUUUGAAUAUGAAAACACCACCGAUCGGUUGCGCAUAAAGCAGAUGGAACGCUUCUGGUCGCGCACAUCCUCUAUGGAUGAGCCAAGCGGUCAAGGUCAAAUGUUAUCAGGCUCUCCAGUACGUGGUCAUAUGCACGGAGCUUUCUUACAACCCAUAUCGGAAGUUAGCUCACAACGGAACUCACCAUUUAAGACGCCCCUUACACGCUAUGACCCUUUGCCUUCCGAUUCUGAAAUGUUUUCGGAAACAUCUGACAUUUACUAUACAUAUCCUGGCGCAACUGCAACAACCACUACCCUGCAUUCUUCGCCUGCGUACCUGCAGCAAACAUCACAUUUUCCUCGCAAUCGUCCCGGGUUUUUGCAGUUUUUCGGCCCAUCUACCUCACCGAAUCUACAACAACAAACACGUGUUUCGUCCCAGUCGCCAAACACUGCACGCGAGGUGACAUCACCACCGCACGCCCAUUUGCUGUACACAGGUUAUCAACCUUACCUACAGCGUUGGAAAAGCGAGACGCGUGAUAAUCUCUCCACACAGGACACCUCGUCGCCUGCAGAUCACAGUAGCUGUGCUGGAUCACCGCCGCUAACGUCACGACAAAUUUCGCCAGCAUUUCAAAGAAGUGGCAGUGAGGCUCCGCCAACAACAUCUUCAGCGGCGACAUUCCAGCAGUCGCCAAUGAUUGCGCGACGUUUCGAAAUGAAACACGAAAGCUCUGCAAUAAGCGAAGCGUCUACAACCCACUCUGGCUACACGCCAGAGCACUUGUUAAAGGCGAAGAAAUUCGGAACGGUAGUAAGUGCAGCGCGUAAGCCGGGUCAUCAUGUGGGACCAACAAAGAAUCCGAGUUGUGCUUGUGAGAGCUGUCAGCGUUGGCUUGCCGAACGUUUUCAGGUACGCGGACGUGCUUUCUCUUUGGGAGAGCGUCCUAUACUGCGGCGUCCCACUUGAGGGAGUGGAUAUCAUAAAUUAAGAAUGAAUGCUCACUGCCAUAUAUUUAAUUAAGGUUUAGUCUUAACGGAACUUCAAACCCAAUAUUAAAUUGCAUUUAUGUUACAUAAAUGAUUAAAAAAAAACAUAACGAUUAGGUGUCAAUGUAAUGCUGAUUAAUCGUAAAAUGGUUAAGCAGUUUUCAAGCACAUUUCAACCUCAAUACAUACCAAAAUGAACUUUCAUAGAAUCCGAAAUACUUAAUACUCAUUUAUGUACCGAUUGUUUGUACCUAUAACUUAAAGUGAAUUACGUGUAAAACUAAUAUUUGUGUAAAUGUUAAGAAGAAAAUGGAGAGACUUAUUAAAGUUUAAACAAAAUGUUCCUCAAUUUCCCAGCUGAAUUGUAAAAGUACCAAAUAAAAUCUAAAUUCUUUAUAUAAAAUA